UCCUACUUUCGAUUUAAAACACUGGCAGACAUUUGCAUUCUUUAAAAGCGGUAGACCUACAUUUUCUGCGUGACAUAGUUGCCACAGUAGCACGCGAUGUCUGAUGUUAACGUGGACACACUGAGUGGGGAGGACCUAGAGGAAGAGCCCCAGGCUGAUGGUACAGAGGAGGAUGCGGCACAACCUCCAGCUGCCCAGCGCCAAGGGCAAGAGGAGGUAAGAUGUGAUUUGCCUCCUGAUGUCUCAUUGCCACCAAGACCAGAACAGUUUAGAAGUUCCAACAGAACAGAAGACUGGCUAACGGUUAAACCAGGUGAAGCUCAAGCAGAGAACUCAGACGACUCAGGACAAGGUGAUUCUUAUACUGGAAACCCUUAUGGGGAUCUAGAUGAUCGCACUUCUUCUCCGAGUAGGCUGAAAACUGGUCCUUGUGGUGAAACAUCAAGGAAGAGAUUAGUCCCAUUCAACGUACCACAGCCAAAAAAGGAACAAGUAGACACGGAGAGAAAUACCAGUGCGGUCACAGAGGCAAUAGUCACAAUCAAUGUACCACAUCCAAUUAUUGGACCAGCAGAUGCAGAGAGAAAUACCAGUGCGGUUGCAGAGGAAAUAGACACAAUCAACGUACCACAACCAAAUCUGGACCAAACAGGUAUCAAUGGUGAAUCUGCGAAAACCAAACGAAGACCUGAGAAGAAAGACCAAACUGGUGAAAAUAGGGCAGAAGCUCGAGGUACCUGUGAUGUAAAUCCAGAACGAGAGUCUAGACAGAAAAGUACAACCCAGAAACAAGAGCUUGGGGUUGAACUGACUAAUAUACGGGACACACGAAUGGAAGCCAGCUCCGGAACAAUACAGAAGAGAUUGACGGUAGCCGAGAGUAUACAGAUAAGUAAAGCUGCAGACCGUUCAGAGAAGCUGCAAAAUAAAAACCAGUGUCGAGAGGAUGAACGCGUGUCUGUGCAAAUAAGUUCACCGGGAAGUCAUGGGGUAGAAGGGCCAUAUGAAAACCUUGAACAAGAACAGAGAACUCUGGCUGCACAGGGCAUGAGCGUCCCGAAAACUACCCAAACACUCACGUGUGCUGAAGAUGGGGCGAGAACUGGAGCUACAUCUGAUAGAACUGGAAGAGGGUUGAGGGACAGAGCAGGUCGACACCAGAUACCGGAAGGCGACCGAAGGAAUACAAUAGACGGGCCUGGGUCGGGAAGGGAGGAUGGUGGCCUUAGACAAGAAGGAACUGGGGACCCACAGAAAGGUAGCACGGUGGCCAGGGAAGGAAGUAUUGGAGAUGAAAUAAGGCGACAACAGGAACUAGAGGUUGUACAUCCGAGAGAAGACCCCAAUACAGGUAGUGAAGCAGCCCGACAACACAAACCUGUGACUACACCGGAAAGUGCUAGUGAAAAGAGCAAGGAAAGAGUGAGAGAUGGCACUCCGGAACAAGGUCAAGAAUGCAGAAGUAAGACAGUGCAGCUCCGGGAAGGCCAAACGGGAGGCGGACUGGACCAACAACAAACAGCUGGGAAACAUACGGGAGCCGAGGAUGUUGGAAGAAGCGAAGCUCGUGUGUCUGGACCAACACCUGCAAACCCAAAGGAGGUAGAUGCAGAUCCCGAUGGGCCUUGUACAACUCCAGUCGGGUAUCUGCUGGAUUCCACGGAAGGCGGACAGAACAACAGGACGAAAGAGCAAAUAAUCUUUGAGAUGUCAUCGCAUCCUCGUAGCAAAAUGCCAACCGCCUAUGGGCUGGGAGCUGAGUAUCUGGGAUAUGAGCAUUGGCAGUUAGAACAGAUGUGGAACGUUCAAGUCCCUGGUUGUGACAACAAUGUGGAAAGAGUGAAGAAUUUCUUGAAGGCACUCAGCGCCAAGGGAAGGACCAUCCACCACGUGUUGCUCUACUUCACCAAGGAAGAGAGUAAGCGGUUGGACAUUGUGAGAUUGAUUCAGAAAAUACAUCUAUGUGACUGCUGCAAUAGAAUUCUCAAGACUGUGGAGAUCUAGUCUUAACGAAAGGAAGGAUCAGAAAAUCGAACAAAUAUUUUAAAGCAGUACGAACGUGUAUAUCAAAUACAAUACGUUUUAAUAUAUCCAUGUACAUGCUAUUCUCACCUUCUUGAAUAUAUAUGAUUAAUUAACUUGUGUCCAUCUUUUGAUCCCUGUCGGCUUACUCACCCAAUUCCCGUUGCAAGUAUAUAAAUUUCACAAAGUGGCAAGAUCACUCUGGUUACAUCACUUUAAGCUUCCCUCAAAUAUGAAGUUGGAACACCGAAUUAUAACUGAACUACACACGCACGUACGCAAUCACAUAUAUGGUAUAUUCUUCUUUAUUUUCAUUUUGUUGUCAAUAAAACUGCAAUUUCUUUCA